GUGGAACAAGCAGUUGCUCAAGUAGCCGUUUUCUGCGUUGCUUUUCUUCUUUUCAUUUGUUUCCAGAAGUAGAAGAAAAUCUAUAACGAUCUUUUGUUUACAUUUUUUAAACGAGGAAUUCUAGUACGUUCUUGAUUUCAGUCUUACGUAUCCCUUACUCUAAACGUAAAUACCCUUCCACGAAAUCGUAAAUAAAGUCAUUUUCCUUUUACCUCUAUUCUGCCUUUGUAAGUUGAUUUUCUUUAUAUUUAGGAAAUUGUUUCUGGAUUUUAAAACAGAGUAAACAAACAACAGAUCGUCUUUAACUGUGUUGUGCUCUGCUGUGCUUCUUGAGAGUUUCUAACAAUUUGGUUUCGUCGCUCUUUACCAAAAAAUAUGUUUGCUCGUUUAGGGGCUAGAUACAAUGCUUUGUUCAACAAGGCUCCCAUCUCUACUAUGUGCUUUACUGCUGGCACGCUAGGUGGUCUUUCAGAUGUUCUUGCCCAAGGAAUCACUUAUUAUCAAACAAACAAAAAUGCAGUUGUAGGCUUAAACGGAGAAAGAAUACGUUUUCAUCCAGAAAUUCCAAACCUUGCUCGUGUCCUUCAAUUUAUUUCCUUUGGUUUUGCUAUCUCUCCCUUACAAUUCAAAUGGUUAAAGUUUUUGUCCAUAAGAUUUCCUGUGGAAAAAGGAGUUAGCAAUGUAGUUGUUCGAGUUUUGUUAGAUCAAGCCAUCUUUGCUCCUUUUGGUACUGCCUUUUUCUACUCUUGGAUGACGAUAACAGAAAAAGGAAAAGGAUUCAACGAUGUUCGUGAAAAACUAAAGAAUCUGUUUUUGCCUACUCUCAAGGCAAACUAUCUUAUUUGGCCUUUCCUUCAAUCUUUUAACUUUUAUCUAAUGCCAUUACAAUUUCAAAUGCCGUUUGCUUGCACAUGUGCUCUUUUCUGGAAUACAUUCUUGAGUUUGAAGAAUGCGGGAUCAGAAGAAACGGAAUUACAAGAAAUUGAAUUGUUUUAAUCAUGAUUUAUGAUGAUAUCUUGUUUAUACUAAUAUCGACAACUUCGUUAUUUCUAACGAAUACCCCUGUUUUGUAAACGACUUUUUCUUGAUGAAUGCAAUUGAAUAAAUGAUUAAAAAUUAGUCUUAAUAUACAAAAAAAUUCCGUAUAUAAUCACACAAACAAAAGAAAACUCGGC